AGGGGAGGAGGAGGAGGCGGCGGCGGCGGCGAAGGGAGCCCCCAACCGAAGAGCAGUUUUGCGCGGCUCCCUCAGCUCGGCGGCCGCCUCCGCGGUUCUCCCGGCUCGGCAGCGGCGCCCCCCCCUCCCCCCUCCCUCAUCCCAGCCCCUUCUUUCCCCGCCUGCUGCUGAAUGCAGGCGGCCGGCAGGAGAGCAGACAAAGAAGGUGGAGGGGGGAGGCAGGGGCAAGAGGCGGCGGCGGCGACGAAAGGCUUAGGAAGAGGAGGAGGAGGGAGAAUUGAAAUCCCGAACCGUGCCCGGGAGAGCAGCUGCUAGCUCCCUCCAUUAGCCCUCUCCUCAGCCAGCCAUGCCGAGCUCCGUUUACCAACCGGAUGGGGGAGAGCCCGCCGCCGGUCCCCCUCACGGCCUGGGGAUGCUCAACCCAAAUCCCGGCCAGCAACAGCCGCCGCCGCCGCCGCCGCCGCCUUUAGACCAGAUCCGAGAAGGGCAACCGCCCCAAGAACAAGAAGAGGCGGCGGCGGCGGCCGCCCUGAGAUUUACCCUGGACCAGCUCUCCAUCUUGGGGCUGGAGGAAGAGGAGGAGAUGAACGUUAUCGGGAGCAGAAAAAAGAGUGUGAACAUGACCGAGUGUGUCCCCGUGCCCAGCUCAGAGCAUGUAGCAGAGAUUGUGGGAAGACAAGGAUGCAAAAUCAAAGCUCUGCGGGCCAAGACCAACACCUACAUCAAGACCCCGGUGCGGGGGGAGGAACCCAUCUUCAUCGUGACAGGGAGGAAGGAGGAUGUGGAGAUGGCCAAGAGGGAGAUCCUGUCAGCCGCUGAGCACUUCUCCAUGAUCCGGGCCUCCCGGAACAAGGGUGCCGGGCUGGCUGGGGCUGUGCCGGGCCCCCCCAACCUGCCAGGUCAGACCACCAUCCAGGUGCGGGUGCCUUACCGGGUGGUGGGGCUGGUGGUGGGGCCCAAGGGAGCCACCAUCAAGCGCAUCCAGCAGCAGACCCACACCUACAUCGUGACCCCGAGCCGGGACAAGGAGCCAGUGUUCGAAGUGACGGGCAUGCCGGAGAACGUGGAUCGGGCACGCGAGGAGAUCGAGGCCCACAUCACCAUGCGGACGGGCGCCUUCAUCGAUGCCAGCACCGACAACGAUUUCCACUCGAAUGGCACCGACGUCUGCCUGGACCUUCUGGGCGGCCCGGCCAACCUCUGGGCCAAGGCGCCCAACCCCACCCGCCGCCCCUCCUCCGGCCUGCGCGGCGAUGGCCUCGGCUCCCUCGGGGCCGGGGCUCCGGCGGAGGCCUUCUUCGGUGCCCACGCGCCGGCCCCAGAGACCGGCCCUGUCAGCCCCUACGGUUCUGCCGGCGGCAACUUCGCCUUCAGUGGGGAGAGCCAGCAGGCUCCGCCCCUGGGCCCCGAGGACUGUGAUUUGGGCUUCGACUUCCUGGGCCUCGACCUGACCGCCCCGGCGACCAUCUGGUCCCCCUUCGAACGCAGCAAUCCCCUGCAGGCGUUCGGCGGCUGCCCCGCCGCCGGCUCCCAGCGGCGCAACAGCGGCCUGAGUGGCGCUGCCACCCCGCGCCACUCGCCCACCUUGCCCGAGCCCGGCAUGGCCCUGGAGCACCCCCUGGCCCGGCGGAUCCAGAGCGACCCAGUCAGCACCCUCUCCUGGCUGCCCACCCAGGGCUCGCUCUCCUCCUUCUCCAACAGCACCGGCUAUUCCUCCUCUUCCUCCUCCUCCCUGCCGGGAAGCGUGUCAGCCGCCUCGGGCUCCCCCACCGAUUCCAGCAGCUCGGAGGGGCCGCGCAAGAUCUCCAGGGACUGUAUGGUGUGCUAUGAGAGCGAAGUCAUUGCUGCCUUGGUCCCCUGCGGCCACAACCUCUUCUGCAUGGAGUGUGCCAUCCGCAUCUGUGGCAGAGCUGAGCCCGAGUGUCCGGUCUGCCACACCCCCGUCACCCAGGCCAUUCAUAUCUUUUCGUAGCUUAGGCGGGGGUAGUUGUCCAGCAGGCGGGAGGGACCGUAGGGAAGAGCGGGCGGUGAAGGGAGCGGGGGCCCCCUUCUCCUCUCUUGGGUCACCCCGACCUCGCCCCUCUCCUCCCCUCCCCUCCCAACCCCCCCAACUUUGAGAACUCCCAGGCUGCCUCGUUGUUCUGCCUUUUCACUGAACAACUCAGACCGGGGAAGGACCGCCAGCCUCAGAUUGGGGUAGGGGGGCGGCAAUGAU